AUGGCUCUCUUCUGGAUUCUCUCUUGCCUUGCCUUUAUUGGAGCAACCUAUGGUUGUGGCAUCUCUGCAGUUCCCCCUGUGAUCACUGGAUAUGCCAGGAUUGUGAAUGGGGAGGAAGCUGUGCCCCACUCCUGGCCCUGGCAGGUGUCUCUACAGGAUAGCACUGGUUUCCACUUCUGUGGUGGUUCCCUGAUCAGUGAGUACUGGGUCGUGACUGCUGCUCACUGUGGUGUCAGAAGUUCCGACUUUGUUAUCCUGGGUGAACAUGACCGCUCCUCUAAUGCUGAGAUCAUCCAAACCAUGCAGAUUAAAAAGGUCUUCCCGCACCCUUAUUACAAUGGCUACACCAUUAACAAUGACAUAACCCUGAUCAAGCUGGCCUCCCCUGCCAAGCUCAACAUUCAUGUGUCCCCUGUGUGUGUGGCUGAAACCAGUGACAACUUCCCAGGUGGCAUGAAGUGUGUCACUACUGGCUGGGGUCUGAUGAGAUAUAAUGCUAUAAACACUCCUCCUCGCCUGCAGCAAGCUGCCCUGCCUCUGCUCACUAACACUGACUGCCAGCGCUACUGGGGCAGCAAAAUCACAAAAAAGAUGAUCUGCGCUGGAGCCUCUGGGGUUUCCUCCUGCAUGGGUGAUUCUGGAGGCCCUCUGGUGUGCCAGAAGUCUGGAGCUUGGACCUUGGUGGGCAUUGUGUCAUGGGGUAGCGGUAACUGCAAUACAUCCAUGCCUGGCGUGUAUGGUCGUGUUGCCGAGUUUCGUUCAUUUAUUGAGGAGACCAUAACCUCGAACUAAAGUUUUCACCUCCAUUGAAACUCUGCCCUCCUGAUUCCUCAAUAAAGCUAACCUACGACUUCAA